GGGCAGGAGACUGCUUUUAACUCUCUUUUCUCUCUCUUCCUUUUUUCACUCUUCUUUCUUUUUUUUCCUUCUUUUAUUUUCCCACCCCCUGCUCUAUAUCCCCUCCUCCGUUUCCCCAUAUCCCCUCCUGUUUUGCUAGCCUUUUAUAAUAUAAAUUAUUUUUCUUUGGAAUAACACACACUCUGAGCUAGCUAACUGCCGAAGCCAUGCAUUAAAUCAAGAGAGAUGCAUACGGGAUGGUAUUAAAGAUGCUGGGAUUAAACUCCUGUUCAACCAGUGCUCAUACACUCACUGAGCCUGACCAGUCAAGCACACUAGCCAUACCAGCAUUGGAUACCGACAGAUAUGUCUUGGCCCUUCCAGAAGCAGAGACCUGGCACAAGCACCGUCUGGGCCUGACACAGGCUACUCACUCUUGCAAUCUUCUAGAACCUGAGACACUUUCUGAAACCCUAGUUUCACGCACUGCAAGUUACGAUGCCUUGUAUGACCUGCGAGCAAGGGAAGCGGAGUCUAACUUCCCAUUUGAAGGCAGCAGCAUGUUUGAGGUGACCACCGGACUGGAUUCUGAUUUUCCAUUAAGCCCCCAUGUAAUAAAGCGAAGGAGAGGAGGCCUGAUAGAGCAAAAGGAUAUCAUCAAGGCCCAUGAGGCUCAUAAGAUACAGAGUACACCCCAGGCUCGACGAAAGGAAUGGGAGAUGGCUCGAUUCGGAGAGGCUGUGACUGGCAGGUUGAGCUCGGCCGAUGGGGGCUCAGAGAGGAGCAAGACCCUACAAGGUUCCCCUGCUGCACCUGUUGGGACGCAAGCAGCUUUCAAGCAAUCCAAAGCCCAGAGGGCAAGGACCAUGGCUUUAUACAACCCCAUCCCUGUCAGACAUAACUGCUUCACCGUAAACAGGUCUCUCUUCAUUUUCGGAGAAGAUAAUAUUAUCAGGAAAUACGCCAAGAAGCUCAUUGAUUGGCCUCCUUUUGAGUACAUGAUCCUUGCCACAAUUAUUGCAAACUGCAUUGUCCUGGCUUUGGAGCAGCAUCUUCCAGGGGAUGACAAGACUCCAAUGUCUCGCAGAUUGGAAAAGACUGAGCCCUACUUCAUUGGAAUAUUUUGCUUUGAAGCUGGGAUUAAAAUUGUCGCUCUGGGGCUGGUUUUUCACAAAGGUUCUUAUCUCCGGAAUGGCUGGAAUGUCAUGGACUUUAUAGUAGUGCUCAGUGGCAUCCUGGCCACAGCUGGAACUCACUUCAACACUCAUGUGGACCUGCGUACUUUACGGGCAGUGCGUGUUCUCAGGCCACUGAAACUGGUCUCGGGGAUUCCUAGUUUACAGAUUGUGUUGAAGUCAAUCAUGAAGGCGAUGGUUCCUCUGCUACAGAUUGGAUUGUUGCUUUUCUUUGCCAUCCUUAUGUUUGCUAUCAUCGGCCUUGAGUUUUACAGUGGAAAGCUGCACAAGGCCUGUUACAGGAACAACUCUGGAAUGGAGCUGGAGCCCAUGGACCCACCUCAUCCUUGUGGAGUGCCCCGUUGCCCAACUGGGUACGAGUGCAAGGAAUGGAUUGGACCCAAUGAUGGAAUAACACAGUUUGACAACAUCCUAUUUGCAGUGCUGACAGUCUUCCAGUGUAUAACUAUGGAGGGCUGGACCACAGUGCUGUACAAUACCAAUGAUGCCUUAGGAGCCACGUGGAACUGGCUGUACUUCAUUCCCCUCAUUAUCAUCGGAUCCUUCUUUGUCCUUAAUCUUGUCCUCGGAGUGCUGUCUGGUGAAUUUGCCAAAGAGAGGGAGAGAGUGGAAAACCGUCGGGCUUUCAUGAAGUUGCGUAGGAAUCAGCAGAUUGAAAGGGAGCUGAAUGGUUAUCGAGCAUGGAUAGAUAAAGCUGAGGAAGUUAUGUUGGCCGAAGAAAAUAAAAAUUCAGGGACCUCUGCUUUAGAAGUUCUUAGACGAGCGACCAUUAAAAGAAGUAGAACAGAAGCCAUCAACCGGGACUCUAGCGAGGACCACUGUGUUGACAUAUCGUCUGUUGGCACCCCCCUUGCUAGAGCAAGCAUCAAGAGUGCCAAAAUGGAUGGGGCAUCAUAUUUUCGUCACAAAGAACGACUAUUGCGUGUCUCUGUUCGUCACAUGAUCAAAUCCCAGGUUUUCUACUGGAUGGUCCUGGGAGUGGUAGCACUUAACACUUUCUGUGUGGCUAUUGUCCACCACAACCAGACCCUGUGGCUCUCAAAUGUCCUUUACUAUGCAGAAUUUCUGUUUCUUGGAUUAUUUUUGGUGGAGAUAGCUUUUAAAAUGUAUGGAAUGGGCCCACGUCUUUACUUUCACUCCUCCUUCAACUGCUUUGAUUGUGGGGUCACAUUAGGUAGUAUAUUUGAAGUACUUUGGGCCAUCUUUAGACCAGGGACUUCCUUUGGAAUCAGUGUCCUAAGAGCUCUCCGACUUUUGAGAAUCUUUAAAAUAACAAAAUACUGGUCCUCACUAAGGAACCUGGUAGUCUCCCUGAUGAAUUCUAUGAAGUCCAUCAUCAGCCUGCUCUUCCUUCUAUUCCUCUUCAUAGUUGUUUUUGCCCUCCUAGGAAUGCAGCUAUAUGGUGGCAGAUUCAAUUUUAAUGAUGGCACUCCAUCUGCAAACUUUGAUACUUUCCCCGCAGCCAUCAUGACUGUAUUCCAGAUUUUGACAGGAGAGGAUUGGAAUGAAGUGAUGUACAAUGGUAUUCGCUCCCAGGGUGGUGUUCGAUCCGGAAUGUGGUCUUCCAUAUACUUUAUUGUCCUUACCCUCUUUGGAAAUUACACUCUGCUAAAUGUAUUUCUUGCCAUUGCUGUGGACAACCUUGCUAAUGCACAAGAGUUAACUAAGGAUGAGCAAGAAGAAGAGGAAGCUUUCAAUCAGAAGCAUGCACUGCAAAAAGCCAAGGAGGUCAGCCCCAUGUCUGCGCCUAACGCAUCGAGUAUUGAGAAGGAUCGCAGAAAACGGAACACAUUGUCUAUAUGGGAACAGCGCACAAGUCAGCUAAGGAGGCACAUACAGAUGUCUAGUCAAGAAGCUAUUCAGAGUGAAGAACUGACAGCUCUAAAUCCACACUCCAGUAUCUAUCGCAAGUCAAAGGAAGCUGAUGAACAAAAAACAGAAAAAGAAGAAGGGGAUCAAGAUGUAAAACUGGUUAUAACCCCAGUGGAAGGACCACCAGAAGGAGAAGGAAGCCCUUCUAAUAGAAAUCUCAGGGAACACUGGCGGCAGAAAUCCAGGCAUGGAAAUGCUGAAAACACUGAGCCAAAUGGAACAACUCCAGAGGAAGCACUGCGCCGUAGACAAAGUCAGAGACGCAGCCGUCAUAAAAGAGUUAGAACUGAAGGUCGUGAGCAGUGUAGCAAUCCAAACAGCACCUCAGCAAGCAGAGAAGGUGGUCUUGAUAAAGUGACCGUAGAGGAUGGAAGAACAAUUCCAGAAGAGAAGAGCAAUGAAGAAGCCAAAGAAGUCAGAGGGGUGGAUGAUGAGCCUCUUAAGAUUUGCAUAUCCUCAAGAAAUCCUCAAGACAGAAAUAACAAGACUUUGGGUUGUGAGGGUAUUGCCUUGAAUGAUACUCCCCUGAAGGAUGUGAACAACCAUGAGAAGGACAGUAGCCCUCCUGAUUUGGAUUGCAGUGAGCAGGCUCUGCUGGGCAGCAUUCGGAGCCAGGAAAGCCCUAAUCCAACCAGCUGCAGUUUGCCAGAUGUGUCCAGCAGCACCGAGCGCGUCACUGAGAGCACAGUCAUUACCUUACCAGAUACUGGAGUGCCUGCCGACUGCACCGUGGUACAGAUGAGUGAAGGAAGGGAUGGAGAAGUCAACUUUAGAUCUUCACAGCAAGAAAAAAUAGAGGAGGACACUGAGGAUGGAGAAGAAAGAACUAUAAAACGAAAAGAGAAAUUGUUGGAGUCCCCCAAAGCCAUUGUACCGUACAGUUCAAUGCUCAUCUUCAGCUCCACCAAUCCCAUAAGAAAAGUAUGCCAUUACAUUGUUAAUCUACGAUACUUUGAGAUGAGCAUCCUGCUGGUAAUAGCAGCGAGUAGCAUUGCCUUAGCAGCGGAGGAUCCUGUUCUGACCAACUCAGACCGCAACAAAGUUCUUCGCUAUUUUGACUAUGUUUUUACAGGAGUCUUCACUUUUGAGAUGAUUAUAAAGAUGAUCGACCAAGGUUUGAUUUUACACGAGGGCUCCUACUUUCGUGACCUCUGGAACAUCUUGGAUUUUGUGGUGGUUGUGGGAGCCUUAAUUGCCUUUGCCUUAGCCAAUGUUUUGGGGACUAACAAAGGACGGGACAUCAAAACUAUUAAGUCUCUACGUGUGUUACGGGUGCUGCGUCCACUAAAGACCAUCAAACGCCUGCCAAAACUGAAGGCAGUCUUUGAUUGUGUGGUUAACUCUUUAAAGAACGUCUUUAAUAUUCUGAUCGUAUACAAACUCUUCAUGUUCAUAUUUGCUGUCAUUGCUGUGCAGCUGUUUAAGGGCAAGUUCUUCUACUGUACAGACAGCUCAAAGGAAACAGAGAAAGAGUGCAUAGGGAGCUACAUAGAUCAUGAAAAGAACAAGAUGGAGGUGAAGCGAAGGGAAUGGAAAAGACACGAUUUCCAUUAUGACAACAUUAUAUGGGCUCUUCUUACCCUCUUUACUGUAUCAACAGGAGAGGGUUGGCCUCAGGUUCUGCAGCACUCCGUUGAUAUAACAGAAGAAGAUAGGGGUCCAAGUCGAAGCAACCGCAUGGAGAUGUCCAUUUUCUAUGUUGUCUACUUUGUGGUCUUCCCCUUCUUCUUUGUAAAUAUAUUUGUGGCUCUGAUUAUCAUCACAUUCCAGGAGCAAGGAGACAAGAUGAUGGAGGAGUGUUCCCUAGAGAAGAAUGAGAGAGCCUGCAUAGACUUUGCAAUCAGUGCCAAGCCGCUUACAAGAUACAUGCCACAGAACAGACACACAUUCCAGUACCGGGUCUGGCACUUUGUGGUCUCCCCUUCAUUUGAAUAUACCAUUAUGGCUAUGAUUGCACUAAACACAGUGGUACUUAUGAUGAAGUAUUAUUCCGCGCCAUACACAUAUGAGCUUGCAUUAAAGUAUCUGAACAUUGCAUUCACAAUGCUCUUUUCUCUGGAGUGCAUCCUCAAAAUCAUUGCAUUUGGGUUUUUGAAUUACUUUCGGGAUACGUGGAACAUUUUUGACUUCAUUACUGUAAUUGGUAGCAUCACGGAAAUCAUUUUAACAGACACUAAGUUGGUAAACACGAGCAGCUUUAAUAUGAGCUUUCUGAAGCUGUUCCGAGCCGCACGACUUAUUAAACUUCUCCGGCAAGGGUACACCAUCCGGAUCCUGUUGUGGACUUUUGUUCAGUCCUUUAAGGCACUUCCUUAUGUGUGUCUCCUCAUUGCAAUGUUGUUCUUCAUCUAUGCUAUCAUCGGGAUGCAGGUGUUUGGCAAUAUCCGCCUGGAAGAGGACAGCCAUAUUAAUAGGCACAACAAUUUCAGAAGUUUCUUUAGUUCUCUUAUGUUACUCUUCAGGAGUGCCACAGGAGAGGCUUGGCAGGAGAUCAUGCUUUCAUGCCUUAGUGAUAAGCGUUGUGAACCAGACACCAGUGCAACUUCUGGACACAAUGAGAAUGAGCGCUGUGGAACUGAACUUGCAUAUGUUUAUUUUGUUUCAUUCAUUUUCUUCUGCUCCUUCCUUAUGCUAAAUCUGUUUGUGGCUGUCAUUAUGGACAACUUUGAAUACUUGACACGGGACUCCUCCAUUUUGGGACCUCAUCACUUGGAUGAGUUUGUUCGGAUAUGGGCUGAAUAUGAUCGAGCAGCAUGUGGCCGUAUCCAUUACACAGAGAUGUAUGACAUGCUGACUCUCAUGUCACCACCUCUAGGCCUUGGAAAGAGAUGCCCUAACAAAGUGGCGUAUAAGAGACUGGUCCUGAUGAAUAUGCCAGUGUCGGAGGACAUGACGGUACAUUUCACAUCAACUCUUAUGGCCCUAAUACGCACAGCAUUGGAUAUCAAAAUAGCCAAAGGAGGCGCUGACAGGCACCUGCUGGACUCUGAGCUGCAGAAAGAAACACUUGCCAUUUGGCCAAAUCUCUCCCAGAAAAUGCUGGACUUACUUGUGCCAAUGCCAAAAGCCUCUGAUCUGACAGUUGGGAAGAUUUACGCUGCAAUGAUGAUCAUGGAUUAUUAUAAACAGAGCAAAGCCAAAAAACAGAGGCAGCAGCUGGAGGAGCAGAAAAAUGCACCAAUGUUCCAGAGAAUGGAGGCUUCCGCCCUCCCUGAGGAAAUCUUAUCCAAUGCUAAAGCAUUACCAUACCUUGAGCAAGACACUGUAUCAGGCUUGGGUGGAUUCCCUUCACUGAGUCCCCUGUCCCCAGAAGAGGUAUUCCAGCCGCCAUGCCUAGACAGGGAUGAUGAAGACUUUGAAGAGCAGCUGUCUCUGGAGCCUGAGGUUAGAGAGUUUAGCAGGGAGCAGCUCCCUAACCGAGGCAGCUACAUCCCAGUGGAGAUGCUGGAACGUCCAGCGUCUGUGAGAGCUUCCUCCAUGCCACGUCUGGCUGAGAACCCUCAGGUCCUGUCAGACGUAAGCUCAAUGCGUCGCUCCUUCUCCACAACUGCAGAGAAGCGAGCACGCAGCUCGUGGCUAGAUGAGUUCACUAUGGACAGGAGCAGCACAGACUGUGCAUACAGAUACCAGAGGCGCAGUUAUCAUGCAUCUAUAAGACUGUCUGCAAAUCGCCUGAAUACAGAUACAGGCCAUUGGUCAGAUAAUCACCGUUCUGGUGGAAGAGAGCGAGGAAGGUCCAAAGAAAGAAAACACCUGCUGUCCCCUGAUCCUUCUCGCUGUAAUUCUGAGGAAAGGAUCCCACAAGCUGCCUGUGAACACCGAGAUCACCAACUGUCCCCUGGGCACACUCCCUGCAGUGUACAGAUUCUUGACUCUCUGAGUGAAAGUUGCACCCCUUCAGACACCAGCACCCCAAGACAAGGCCGCAGGCAGCUUCCCUCGGUGCCUCCAACUCCUAGACCUCUUAUUUCCUUCUCUUCGCUUAUCCGCCAACAGAAACAGAGCCCCCAUCCCCAAAAUAAUAAUGAUAUUAUCCUUCCAAGUGAGCCUGGUCUGAGUGAGUCUUCCUGCUCCCUUGGCGGUCACCAGAGCUCCCAGUCCACACCACAGCAUUAUAUCUCAGAGCCCUACCUGGCACUGCAUGAGGAGAUGCAAAGCUCAGACUGCCCCACAGAGGACACACUCACCUUUGAAGUUGCUGUGGCUACUAGUCUGGGCCGCUCUAACACCAUUGCCGCUGCCCCACUGCGUCAUGGCUGGCAAAUGCCAAAUGGUCACUACCGGCGUCGAAGGAAGGGAGGCAUUCCACCAGUGAUACCCUCCAGAGAAUUAAGUGACACAGAAGAGGAUGAUCGAUGUUAAAGGAAAGUAGUGCUUGCAUGCUGUAACACAGCAGAAAUUGCUCAAUGCCCCUUCCCACAUAGUGAGUUUCUUCCACGGGAGCCCCACAGCACUCACUGCCAGACCCUUAACCAAAAUCAAUACAAGACUGGGCAGUGCUUGAAAAGAGACACAGCAUGUACUUAAAUAUCUCGUGCCAAAAACACAAACUAAGUGGGGUUGUGGAAUAUAAGCAAAUGUUUUAAAAGAAUACAAGGAGUGUUUCAUCCCAGUAAUUGAGGGUGGAGUGUAAUAAAAGAUCAGAUGCUGUGCACCGCUGUCUCAUACAUGGGUGGAUCUUCCACUGGUAUAUUAGUGUCUGCCAAAAGCACGACUGAAAUGAUGAGGUGUCUCACGCUCGUGUCAUGAGAAAGCAUAAUGGUUAAAUAACAUUUACAUGUGUGGGUGUUAACUGGCACCUAAAUGGACAGGCCACACAUAUUGAUAUAGUAACAGAUACGUCAAUUGAAGAAUGCAUGGUAUUUAUGUAACAAUGAAAUGCAAUUAUAUUGGUUAAGCAAAUUCUGUUAAAUUUAAGUGCUUUUGCUAUCCCUGAGCCCACCACACCUUGAAAACCUCUUGUGCAAGGAGAUCUUUUUCAUUUUCCCAUAAAUAAGAGAGAGGUCAAAACUAAAUGUGUGAAAUUUGCUUGACAUUUUUCUCAUUAAGUAUUUAAACACACAAUGAAUGCAUAAGACAAGCACUUUGGCGGAAUUAUAGUAUGUUUAUGAGAAGGAGGUCCCAGUCUUUGUCAUACCAGGUUUUGCUGAUCCCUAGCAAACCCUUGCUUGGAGCUAUUCUUGCUAAAAUAUCACCAUACUUGAGUUCAACAAAGCACCACUUUCAAGCUUUAGACAUGAAUCCUUUUUUUAUUAUCACAGAGUGCAGCCAAGUUUCUCAAGUCCCGCUUGAACAAUCCGCUCACAUAGAGGAACAAGAGCUCCUGUAUAUUUACCAACGUUGAAUGGGGCUGUCAGACAGAAUAACAAGCUAAUGGGAUUUUCUUUAUGUGAAUGUGGAACACAUUGUUGGCUUAAAGUCAUCAGUGUUGACACCACGUUUAUCAAGGGUCUGGCUAAAAUUGUUGCCUAGUUCAAUUCUGAAAACUAGUUUUAAUAGUUAUAAAUACUUCCCAACAGAAUCUCUUCUUGCUGCCUCUGCACAAUAGUAAGGAAGCCCGCGGAAUGUUUUUCCUUUGACUAACAAAGAGAAAGAACAAGACAGCCUGCAACUCUUCCUUUGUGGUUGGCAACAACAUCUUCAAGUGUAGCAUUGCCCACUCUACCAACUCUGAUUGAAUUGCAGUCUCAGUGUAAUAAUGUAGAUCCAACUGCUCACUUUAAUGUAUAGCAGGACUAAGGGCUGAUUUUCAAAAACUAACUCAACUAAAGCUGUCCUUGAAACUUCCAUUUAUUAGCAUCUGUAAAAGCUAGAUGUGUGUAUGCAGUCUGAUAAAGUCCAAUCUGGUCUGUCUAAGAUUACAGAAUGUUAUAUAAGAGACAAGCAAUGGAGGUGUUGUAGGAUAAAUCCCAGUAGCUGAGGUAGCAGGAGGAUGCUGGGCAAGAACCACAAAAAUAAAAGUACUAAUGGUUGCCCAUGUCUACGUUUAUUUUGCUAGUGGUAGUUACUUUGUUUUCUUAUGAGAAUUCAGAGGAAAAACAGUGAAGAGUUUGCAAUUUAUAAAAUGAAUAGAAACAUGCGGCAGCAUUAGCUUGAUAAACAUAAAUCAUGGUUCUCCAAAAAUACCGUAGACUGGACAGAAAAUGCCACCCAGAAUAAUUACACACCUCUCAGAGACAAGUGGUUCUACAGCAAAA